GUCCAACCUUCUCCAGCCAAGACGUUCGUUCCAUAACCCGGUCCACCCUUCAAAGAUCUGUCUCGGGAACCCUUUAAUCAACCUUCCUAACCCCCAAUCCACUCCCCUCCCCAACCCCCCUCCCAAGCUCCAUAUCCCUCCCAUCAACCCUAGAAUACUGCCCCCUAUCCCUCCUAUUCCUCCCCACCGUCCCCCUCUCACUCCUCCUGUUCCUCCCCAUCACAUUCCCCAAAUCAAUCCUCCUCACCCCCCUAUUACAGCACAACGUGCUCAUCACAAUCGCCAUCAAGAAAAACGCCACCGUGGGCAGCGCCACAUACAACACCUGAUCGUCCGCCGGGUGCCUCUUCCCAUCACUCUUAUUCGGCCCCUUCUUCGGCUUGACAAUCUGCACCGUCGGUCCCUGAUGCCAUUCCGCGGGCGAGCCAUCCUCCGGCAGCGCCGCCAUCCUCAGGGUUAUCGUCGUUGGUGUGUUCUGCUUGAAGUGCUUCGCCUUGUUUCCCGGUUUUUCAUUCCACAAUGGGUUGGCGUUGAUGAGGUCUUGGGUAACGGACCACUGGUAAAAACCCCAUGCGCACGAGAUUUCGCCAGAGUCAAAGGCUUGGUGGGUGUCGCUUUCGGGGGUGAGGUAAAACCCGAUGAUUUUGACCGUGUGGUUUGCUUUCUCGUGGGUGUGGCCUUUGGAGAAGAAGGCCGGGUCCCAGGUGAUGUACUUGAGGACGCCGGGGUUGAAGGUUUCGUUGUGUUUGGGGAGGCAGAAUGGUUUGUAGUCGCCGUCGAGGUUGUGGCAGACGGCGAAUUCGUGACCGGCGAGUUUGGUGGUGUCGAUGGCGGGAGGGGCGUCGUUGUCGGUGGGAGGGGGGACGAGGUCGGCGUCGAUGGGUUGACGGGGCGCAAGAGCGUUCGGGUUUUCUGAGCCGGGAAGAGCUGAUGCUGUGCCUAGCACGGCCAGCCAGAGGGCUGACCGGAUGAGGUUAGGCGAAACCAUCUGUAUCCUUUGCGUGUGUGAUGUUGCUCGGAUGCCUCGGAGCUUUCUUCGUUCAAGCUCUUAGAGAGAAGAGGCCAGACAGUUGAGUUGAAGGGGUAAGUAGGAAGCCGAGUAAGACACUGCUGGUCGUCUUUCCAGUCAACUGAGCGGACAGAGAAGGCCGUUGAAGAAGCAGAGGUUCAAGAAGGAAAAAGGAAUGGAUAACCGACGAGAUAUCGGCCCGGCGCAACCUUCAGCCCUCGACCUGGAAGCGGCAAUUUUGGAAGUCCCGGAGCUUCCCGCCGUCCGUUGAUGGUGAACUUGAGACAGGGAGCUCCCGGCGGACAAAAGCUGCAUGAAAUCGCGCUAGAAGGCCUGCCAAGCCGGCAUGCCAAGAUCGACAAAGCAGGGGUUCCGGCAUCUUAACGCCUCGGCAUCUCAGCCUCCACAGACAACACCAUGUCGAUAUUGAUGGUUCACCGUACAGAACGUCUCAUUUGCUACCAUCUAAGAAACAGUGUUCUUGGCCACGAUUCCUCUCGCAAACUCUCCAAAGGUAAUAUGCUGCUCCAUGUCAACCUCCUCACCCAGGUUCGGCUGGGUAAAAACGGCAAGCGUGUUGCGCGCAAUCCGGCCAUCGCUCAUGGAAGCACGAGCUCCCCGUACAAAAUGCGGCACAGCCUUGAACUUGCCCUCAGUAAUCCUCUCCAAUGCCUCGCCCGUCUGGAAAGCAAUACAGUCGCGGGGAAUCUUGACCUGGACCGUUUGCCCAGUACGAGACUUGAUGUACAAACCAGAUGCCGGGUCAGGGGACGCAUCAAGUUCGGGAAGAGGUGCCAACUUCAGCGGCUUGCUGUCGGCCAAAGUUUGUUCAAAAGCCGGUGCGACCGCUGGCGUCUUGGCUUCAUCGACAAACAUGGCCGAAGUCAAACCGGUCAAACAGCCGUGGUCCAGAUGGGUAGCACACCAGUCAUCCUCGUCGCUGCCCUCGCCAUUCGCGAUUUCGCUCGCCUUUAUCGGCGCAGGAGGCGCGUUGGCGGGGUCCUCGGGGAAGUAGUGUAACAGGCGAGCCUUUGUCGUGGUCGAAGUGCUCACAACCUUUUCCAAGUAACCGUUGGGAUAACCGGCAAUUUCCUUCUCGGCGAACCUAUCGCACGCUCUAGCCACCAAAACGGCAACGUCAAUGAUCAGACGGCAAAGAUCCUCGACAGAGUUUUUGAAGCCGGGUAGCGUCGCAUCAUCCGGCCAGAUGUUGGGCGAGAGAUAUUCAGGGAAGUUGUCAGUGUUGAACUCCUCGGUGGGCGCUGCGCAAGACAGCUUUGGGUCAACAUAGAAAGCACAGUUGGCAUAGAAAGAGCCCUUUAAUGUGUCGACCUGGCCGUUCUUGAGGGUUUCCUUUCCAAGGGACCAUCCGGUAAGGUACUUGGCCUUUUCAUUCUCGAGUUUAUCUGUGGCUGGUCAACUUUUGCUCAUAGCCGCCAUGACCCUUCACAUGUAACCUACCCAGCUCAGACUUGGAGAGGUUUCCAAGGUAAGACGAAUAGGAGAGGGCAUGAUGCCUCAGACUCGCAAACUCGGGUGGUACAUCUUUGACAACCAAGAUACCCAGAGAAUCCGGGCCGAAUGCUUGCUGGAGCUUCUCAAACGACACCGUUCCUAGAGAUUUUUACACAUCAGCGAUUGCACUUACACAGAUCACCCCGCAAAGUGAUCCCUGGACCCUGACUUACCGUCCUUUAGCUCCUGUAGGGAGACAGUCACAGCCUGAGCAAUAGGGGCCAUUUUGAUCCAAAGAUGUUACAAGACAAAUAAUCCAACAUCCAACAAAAAGAGGGGAAGCAAACUUUUAUCUCACGAGAUCUACUUACACAUCUUCAAGCUCCCUGUACCAGGUCAGCGGGGCGGACCGCCAAGCAUUCCCACUGCCGGCCGACUUGCUCAAGGCGGCAGGUCCCUGUUCACGCCAAGACAUUUCCAACGCGCCUAUCGAUAACGAUAAGAUCAUCGUCACCAUCAUCAUCAACCACUUGCCCCAGCCUCACUGACGUUGUUUGCAACUACAGCAUCACAAUUCAUCCCCCCAUUGCGACAAUGGUCAAAGCACUCACCUUCAAAGGAGAUAAAAAACCAAAAAAGAGGAAACGCACCGGCGGGGCUAGCGGGAAAGCAGACGACGAUGACAACCGCCAGCUCAAAACCGCCAAACCCUCCACCGAAGCCGACGCCGACGCCGACGCCGACGACGACAGCUGGGUUUCCGCAGACGUAACAGCCGACAUCUCCGGUCCGAUCAUGUUCGUCCUACCAACCGAACCACCAACCGCGCUGGCAUGCGACGCCAUAGGAAAGGUGUUCACCCUCCCAAUCGAGAACAUCAUCGACAACAACCCCAUCACCGCCGAGCCGCACGAUGUGCGGCAGGUCUGGGUGGCCAAUCGGAUUGUAGGGACAGAACACUUCCGGUUCAAGGGGCAUCAUGGAAAAUACCUCUCCUGCGACAAAAUCGGUCUCUUCUCCGCCACCUCCGAAGCCAUCACCCCCCUCGAGUCUUUUUCCGUCAUCCCCACCGCCGACACCCCCGGCACUUUCCAGAUCCAAACGCUAAGGGAUACCUUCCUUUCUGUGAGAGCGUCGCGGUCCUCAAAAGCGAAUGCUUCCCCUGAGGUCAGGGGGGAUGAGACGGAGAUUACGUUUGAUACUACGUUGAGGAUCAGGAUGCAGGCGAGGUAUAAACCCAAGUUAAAGGCUUCAAAAGAGGAGAAGGCAAGGGAGAAGAUUAGCCGGGCCGAGUUGGAGGCUGCGGUGGGGAGGAGGUUGGAUGAGGAUGAGGUGAAACGACUGAAGAGGGCGAGGAGGGAGGGGGACUACCAUGAGGCGGUGUUGGAUUUGAAGGUUAAGGGGAAGCAUGAUAAGUAUGGGUAGGGAGGCUGAUGUCAGAGCUGUUGUGGUAGGAAAAUGGCUUGGCUUAGUAGGGUUGGUGUUGUUCUAUACUGUGUAAUGAGUUUGGGAGUUUCGUUGAUGAAUCACGGUCUUGGAGAAUGGGAAGAUCAGGGUUUAAUAAAAGACUAAUUGUAUUCAUGGAUGGCGAAGACAAAGCCUCAACUUGCUUGUAGGAAAACAAUGCCUCC